AUGAGAUGGCGCUUGUGGCACUACAUUUGCUUUGCGUGGGUGUGUUUCUGCAAGGGGGAGGACUUGAGGAAGCUUCUGACUGAGGCGCAAGACCUGAUCUUGCGGCUUGAGAAGUACAAGCUUCGAAGUCCAGAGGCUAACACUCUUCAGAGACGAUUGCAGGAGAUUGGUGCAGGCACAUCUGCAUUUCCACUCACUUCUGAGGGACAGCCUUCGCUAUCAGCUACGGAGCCAUACAGCCAGCCAGAUGGAUCAACUGGUUUACAACCUGCUGGGACGUCGGCAGGGUCUAUCGAUCCAUACAACCAGCCGGAUGCAUCCUUUGCUCCACCCCCUUCGCCAGCAGAAGAACCUGCUGUGACACCUGCAGAACCUACAGACCCAUACAACCAGCCAGCUGCAUCAGCAGGGGCUCAGCCUGCUUCGCCAGCAGAACAACCUGCUGUGACACCUGCAGAGCCUGCAGACCCGAUCUCCAUUCGAUAUGCCCACACUUCCCCCCACUUCGUCCAGCCCGCUUGCGACGUCAACAGAACCAUCAACUACAUCCACACAGCCUUCUGCAGUUACAACGGGCUCACAUUCCAGCACGCCCACGUUGACACCUACUACAUCUACACAGUCUUCUGCGGCUGCAGCAGGGUCACCUUCCAGUAUGCCCACAUUGACAACAACUUCAUCUACUCUGUCUUCUGUGGCUAUAGCAGAUUCGACUUUCAGUCCCCCCACCCUGUCACCAGCUACAUCCUCUCAGUCUACUACACCGGAGCCACGUUCAAGUACUUCCACCUCUUCACCAAGUACCUCGAAGUCGACUACGCCCACGCCACCAGCUUCGCCAUCCACCUCGUCGCUCGAAGUCACCGCAGCCGGCUCCCCGGCUUUGCCCGGUUCUACUUCGUGAAUUACCCGGACGAUGACAUCAAGAGAUACACCUGGUCGACAAUCAAUACAACCUUGUCAAUCUUUACGGCCGUUUUGGCUUUCAAUGGCCUGGAUCAGCUGAUGGUCAACGUUGUGGUGGCUCCAGUCCUGGGCGCAUUUCCAGUGGGUUCUCAGGAGCUUGCUCGAGUCCUUGUUGGCUUCGUAGCCUUCCUCGCUUGGUAUGGCAUCGCGCUUACAGCCAUCGCUUUGGCGGCUGGACUUAUGAAGAGGGAUGAUGCGGAGCUGAAGAGCCGAAGGACCUGGGUCAUCACUGAUUUCAUGCGCGGAGACCAUGGCACCGCGGUGAACGGGCAUCAGCUGAUCCAGAACGCGCGUUCCAAGGGCAUCGCCGAUGUGAGGGGCGUGGAGGCGCGAGGCACAGCGAAGUCCUCUACUUGGCACAGUGAAGUCCUCAUGCUGGCACGUUCUAAACGCAAAGUUCGCCCCUUUUGUGUUUCGACGGUUCCUCUCCUAGCUGGGCCUGGGGUUGUUCAAAGACAGGCUAUCCAAGAACAAGAAGACUUAUAG